CAGUAGGGUGUGAUGAGGUUUGCGUGGAGUUUACCACUAGUUCUGCUUUGGGCCCUCAGCUCCAAGACUGCAGGCGUCAAUAUUCCUUUGGAAGUGGAGCAGCCUCCAACUAUAACAAAUCAUACAUCAAGUCCUGUUAUUGGGCUUCCUUUUGAGAACACUCUCACUAUCAGAUGUGAAGCCAGGGGCAAUCCACGGCCAGAAUACAGAUGGACAAAGGAUGGCCAACCCUUUGAAUUUCCAAAACUCUCAACAAUCAAAACAGACAACAAGAAUGGAACUUUUAUGCUUCACAGCAAGCAUUUCAUCCAGUUUCAGGGAAAAUACAGAUGCUUUGCUUCCAACAAGUUGGGAACGGCCAUGACGGGGGAAAUUGAGAUCAAUGUUUUGGAUUCUCCCAGGUUCCCAAAGGAGAUAUUUGACCCUGUUGUUGUUAAAGAGGGGGAACCAAUCACCCUGCACUGUAACCCUCCAAGAGGUGUGCCCCCCCGUCAGAUCUACUGGAUGACUAUUGGUCUCCAGCACAUCGAGCAGGAUGAGAGGGUCUCCAUGGGAACCAGUGGCGACCUCUACUUCUCCUAUGCCUUACCAAAGGACAGUCACAAGGAGUACUGUUGCUUUGCUGCCUUUUCCAAGAUACGCACAAUUGUCCAGAAAACCGCCAUGGUUAUUAAGGUUGAGCGAUUAAGACCUGAUAAUUACUCCUCCUCUGACAGCGGUAACACGACUGAACACUUACCAGUGAAAGCUCCCAGCCUGCUGCUACCCUCUGGUGUUCAGACAGAGAAAGUGUUGCUGAAAGGAGAAAAUCUGCAGCUGGAGUGCAUACCAGGAGGAUUUCCCAUCCCAAGUAUAACGUGGAUGAAACUGGGAGAAAGUCUGACUGAACGGGUGAAACUGACCAACUUUAACAGGCUGUUGACCAUCAGUGCUGUGGACCAGAAGGAUCAGGGGAAAUAUAUGUGCACGGCUGAAAGCUCCGCUGGAAAGGUUGUUCAUUACUUUGAUGUCACAGUGGAAGAGCCACCUGCAUGGUUUACAGAACCUCCCCAGAGCCAGCUGACCGUGAUCGGGUCUGAUGUUCUCAUGAAGUGCUCGGUCAGUGGAAAUCCACCACCAGUCAUAACGUGGAGGAGGAACGGGAAAAUAUUCAGAGAGGAUCCAUUGAACAACAGGCGAGUGCUCGAUGACACCGUCGUGAUUCAUAAAGCCGGGCCAGAGGACAGCGGCGUCUAUCAGUGUGAGGCCUCAAACCGUCAUGGCGGCAUCCUGGCCAACAUAAACGUCUUGGUCAUGAACAUGGCUCCUCUCAUUCUGACAAACAACUUCCAGACGUAUGAGGUGAUCGUUGGAGGGGGCGUCCUCAUGAACUGCAGUGUUUUCAGCUCUCCACCAUCUGACAUCUCCUGGACCAAAGAGGAGACGGCUAUUGAAGGGGAGCGAUUCCAUAUUUUUGAGAAUGGACAAGCAUUGAACGUUAUCGGCACAGAAAAAGGUGACAGUGGGAAUUAUGUUUGUGUGGCCAGAAACACAGAGGGCACGUCAACUCUCACAGCUGUGCUGGAUGUGAAAGACCCCACAAAUAUAGUUAAUCCACCGCGAGAUAUGCAGAUCAUCAGUGGGACUUUGGCCCAGUUGACGUGUCAGGCAGAGUAUGAUGAAAGUCUGCAGGACACCUUUGAGGUGCUGUGGAGGAAGGAUGAGGAGGAAAUCUUACUCCCCUCUGAGGAAAACUCCAGAUACGUUGUGAAAAGUGGCCUGCUGCGAAUCAUGAACGUGAACCUGAGCGAUCAGGGGGUGUAUAAAUGUAUCGCCAAAACACAUCUAGACGAGGACGCCGCCACUGCCGUACUAACAGUACUAGAUGUUCCUGAUGCUCCCACAAGUUUAAAGAUAUCUGACAUCAAGGAGGAGAGGAAUAUUGUUCUGUCUUGGGUACCUGGGAGUGAUCACAACAGCUCUAUCACAGAAUUUGUGGUGGAGUAUGAGGAGAGCCACUGGGAAGCUGGCAGGUGGAAGGAGCUGCAGAAAGUUGCUGGUAACCAGGCAACUGCUGAGCUCUUUCUUCAGGGAAAUCUUAAAUACCAGUUCAGGGUGUAUGCUGUUAAUGCCAUUGGACCUGGACCACCCAGCGAGCCAACUGAGAGAUACCCAACAUCCCCUGCUGCACCAGACAGAAACCCAGAAAAUAUCAAAAUUCAAGGCCACCUUCCUCAUCAAAUGGACAUCAGCUGGGAUCCACUCUUGCCGACUGAGUACAAUGGCCCGGGCCUUGAAUACAAUGUGAGCUACAGAAAACUGGGGGUACAAGAUGACUGGGAGGUCCACCUGGUCCAGAGACCCUCCUUUGUCGUGAAGGACACCCCCACCUUUAUUCCCUACGAGAUCAAAGUCCAGAGCAGGAACAGCUUCGGCUCAGGUCCAGAACCUAAAAUUGUCACAGGUUACUCUGGAGAAGAUGUACCUACUGCAGCACCGCAGAACGUCGCGGUCGAGGUGAUCAACUCCACUGUGGUGUUAGUCAGCUGGACGCCUGUUCCUCCAGCCACAGUGCGAGGUCAUCUAGGGGGUUAUAAUGUUUACUGGCAGAGGAUCAAAAGUCUCCUGAACCCCGGCAAGAUUUUAAAUAGGUCCAGCUCGAUGUCUUUUCCUGGAGACAGGAGUCAUGUGAUGGUGCCGGGGCUCGAACCUUUCUCAGAGUACAAACUCACCGUCAAUGUUUUCAAUAAGAAGGGAAAAGGGCCCAAGAGUGACCCAGUCACCUUCGGUACUCCAGAGGGAGUUCCAGAGCCGGUGCCUAUAUUGACCGCCUCCAACACUCAGAAAAACUCUGUGCUGCUGGUGUGGGGACCGCCGCUGGUGACAAAUGGCAUCCUGUCUGGUUAUUUCCUGCUGCAUCACCUCUUAAAUGAGACGUCACUGGAGGUGAUUGAUUCCCGGGAGACGAACAUCACUGGGGCUGACAUCACGCACUGGGAGCUCAGGGGUUUAAAGGAGGGCAGUCUCUACCGCUUCCACCUCAGCGCCUGCACUCAAGCAGGUUGUGGACCUCCGCAGGCCCAGGAGAGCAGAACUGUGUCUGUAGAAGAUCCGACCCGGUCUCCAGCUGUGGCCCCUGUUCAGAACAAUCCCAACUGCUCCCUAUCUGCUCCCAGCUCUAUCACGGGCAAUUCUUCUCAUUUUCCUUUAGUUCCAGUUCUGUUGAACAUAAGCUCUUACGUGAGUGACACCUUUGCUAAAAUCAGCUGGACUACCGGAGAGGAGCAGGAGGACUUUCAGCUUUAUGUGGCUUAUAUGAAUAACCGUGAUGGUAACUGGCACUUCUCAGAGGCGGUAAACACUUCCCAAAAUGUCCACAUUAUUGAUGGGCUCAAACCUGGAACACUGUACACCAUACGGCUCGUGGCCAAGAAACUGCUUGAUAAUGCUAGCAUUUUCGAGGAUGUUAUCCAGACACGAGUCACAGGUGUAGCCAGUCGGAUGGACGACGACUCAACUCAGCGCUGGUUCAUCGGGACCAUGUGUGCUGUGGCCUUGCUCACCCUUGUUGCGCUCAUGGCAUGCUUUGUGCGAAAAAACAAAGGUGGCAAAUAUGCAGGUACGCCGCCACCCAGGCUACAAGACACGCUGUCCAUGGCAAAAGUGAAAGAGAAGGAGGAUCUGUAUCCUGACGAGGAGUCACAAGGAAUGAAUGAUGAUGCCUUCUUAGAAUACAGUGACAACGAUGAGAAGCCACUGAAGGGAACUAGCUUGUGUUCCAGAGAUGAUCCUGUAGGAGACAGCGUCAGCAGAGACAGCUUGGUCGGCUAUGCAGAUGGAGAGGAAGAGUUCAAUGAGGAUGGCUCGUUCAUCGGCGAAUACUCUGGACCCAAGUACAGGGGCUCUAUCGGCGAGCCCAAUGGACCCAGUCCCAUCUCUGCCUAAAUCCAGACCACACUCUUUAAAUCCUGUUACAGUACAAUGUAAAGUCUGCUGCCAUGACCAUGGAUAUAGUAUGAAUAGCCAAAUACGAUAGAAUAAAUACAACUCAGGUUUUAGAAAGGUCUUGCAGGUGGCAGAAGUUUUGCUCAUGGUUUUGUAAAAGAAAGAUAAAAAUCCUAAGUCUUUGUACAUACUGUAAAGUUUAAUGAUUUGUGUUAAAAUAUCUGCCUAAAUCAAACGCCAUGGUCAAUGACAUUAUAAAAAAAACAAA